GUAGAAGAACCGGCAACUCCAGUCUGAUCAGAACAGACACAGCCACAGACGGUACUCAACACAUCCUGUCUGUCACCAAGCUGAGGACAAACGCCGACAUGGCCGCACUCGGUCAGUUCAUGUAUUUCGCUUUCGGGAGCAACUUGUUGCGGCAGAGGCUGCAGAUGCAGAACCCCUCGGCCGUGUUCUGCUCCACCGCUCGACUCAAGGACUACAAGUUGAGCUUUGGCCUGUGGGAGGAACACGUGGACAACAAAUGGCACGGCGGAGUGGCCACCAUCGAGUUCUGUCCGGGCGCCGAUGUGUGGGGGGUGAUCUGGUCUAUGAGCGAUGAAAACCUCAGGAGUCUCGACAACCAGGAAGGAGUGAGCGAGGGGAUGUACUCACCACUCAACGUUUCAGUGGAGACAGACAAAGGGCCGAUGUUCUGCAGGACGUAUCAGAUGAACAAUUUCCACGCCUGCCCCCCCUCCCCUCAGUACAAACAGGUGGUGUGUCUGGGUGCGGAGCAGAACGGCCUCCCAGAGCAGUACAGGAAGAGCCUGGAGUGGAUUCAAACCAACAACUACAGUGGCCCCUCGGUCCUCGAUGAAAUCAGAACUUCUGCGGAAGAACCUUUUUAAAAGAAAACUCUUCAGCUGUGGGGGAAAGAAGAAGAGCUAAUGAAGGGACCUUGUGGUAUCGAGGUUCACCUCACAGCAGUUUCUGGGGCUUUCAACCAUAUCUAACUGGUCUUCAUCAUGACAUUCGUAAACUUCAAAUGAGGUAAUAAUGAUGUAAAAUGUACAAGUGAUGAUGAAGGCUAUAAAAAUUUGGGAAAAGCUAGUAAGUGGACCUGGAUUUUAGAUAUUUUUUCUUCAAACUACUAUUCUAGGUCAAGACCAACUGUAGCACUUUGGCCUGAGGAUAAUAAUGCAUGCUGCUAAAAAUGAGAAUUGGCUGGACCCAACACACACCUAAUUUUGAAUUUUUCUGAGAUUUAUGGUGACACAUGCAUUUUUUUUUUAGAGCUGAGAUAAUGGAAGAUUGAACUGGAUUAAACUGAAUGAGGUAUAUGUAGAAAAAGGUUUUCAGGGGGAAAUUAAACACACUAAGAACCUUAA